AUUAUUCAGGUCCAGCCCAAUCUCAACUAACCACCCACAAUGAACUACUCCAGUGAGUCGACGAGCAAGCAGCAAAACAACGGCGCCUAGGCAUAUAGCUGACUUGACUCAGUUGAGAGCUCUGAAAAUGGAGAUCGAAUCGAAACCAAGUGACGAGCUAUCCAGAUUCUUAGAUUCCGGCAUUUAUGAACUACCGAAUUCCAAUGCCGUCUUCAUCGACCCGGUUCGAAUACUUAACCGAUCCUACACUCGUUUUCGCGUAUCUCCUUCAUCCUAUUAUUCCCGUUUCUUUGAAUCCAAACACUCCGCUCAAGAACCUAAUCUCCCCUCCAAUUCUAAGAAGCGAAAACGAAAACCGAAGAAACAACCUCAUUCACUCAAUGAAAAAGAACAAGCCGCAGAUAAGCGUCACCAGGAGGUGAGGCCUUUAUUGUUAAAGGCGCAUGAAUCUUUACUCGUAUCAGCUGAUUUUCCAGCGAUUAUGAGCAAAAUAAGGAGUGAUUUUUGUUCCUCAACGGAGCUAAGCGGUGGUGAUGAAGAGCAUUCUUUCGUUGAGCUUGGAAGAGUUUGGCAAGCUCCUUUGUAUGAUAUAACUCUUGAUUUUAAGUUUAGUAGACUGAAAAGCGAGACUGAUAAUGGAGAAAAUGGAAUCAAUGAACGGAGAGUGCUUCCAGUUUUUAAUAAUUUAGUGGUUAACGACACGCCGGAAGAAGUGGAGGCUGAAUUUCUGAACAGGCGUUAUGUAUUACCCAGCAUGAGUUGUUUCUACAUGUCGGAUUUGGGGCAGAUUCGCAACAUAAUACCCGCUGAAUCUGAUAGUGGUUUCAACCUUAUGGUUAUUGAUCCUCCAUGGGAAAACGGAAGUGCUCGUCAGAAAUCAGUGUACCCAACAUUACCAAACCGGUAUUUCUUAUCCCUUCCCAUUAAGCAACUUACACACAGAGGGGGUGCACUUGUGGCCUUAUGGGUGACAAAUAGAGAGAAGUUGCGUUCCUUCAUUGAGAAAGAGCUAUUCCCUGCAUGGGGAGUUAGAUAUGUGUCUACUAUUUACUGGUUGAAGGUGAAAGGAGACGGUUCAUUGAUCAGUGAUCUUGACCUCUUUCAUCAUCGGCCAUAUGAAUGUCUUCUCCUGGGAUACUGUCAAGGAAAAGAAAUGGAUUCAAAUUGCCAUUCAGUAUUUAGGUCGAUAAAAGAUGAACAUAUUAUCAUAAGCAUUCCUGGAGGUUACUCUAGGAAACCCCCAAUUGGAGAAUUACUGUUGGACCACGUUCCUGGAGUUAAACCUGCUCGAUGUAUUGAACUCUUUGCUAGAGAAAUGUUAGGUGGGUGGGUUUCUUGGGGAAAUGAACCUCUUCACUUUCAGGACUCGAGAUAUUUUGAGACAGUGAAUACAUAGAUUUUCCAGGGGAAUGCCAUCUUGUUGGAAUCUACAUACUAAGGUCACCUGGCAUAUAGAUUGCUUGGUUCUAAUGUCAAAUCCCAAAGCACACUAUUCUAGCUUGGAUGGCUGUUAUUAACAGGUUGGCAGAUACAAUGAGCAAAUGGAGCCUUUCAAUUGAAGACAAAAGCUGUAUAUUACUAUAUUGUGCAACCAAGAAGCAGAAACUGGAACUCAUAUGUUUCUUUUAGUUGUCAUUAGAGAACUUUGAAUAUUUUUAUAUCCAGAUUUCGGAGGCAUGUUAGCGAUUGGGACACUGAAUUUAAUUGGGCCUUGUAAAAGGUUGAGGGGCACAUAGUGAUUGCUCUCCUCUCCAGUUUGCUUUGAGUUGGACUGCUUCGAUUUACUAUGUUAGGCAAGAAAGGAACAGCAGAUUCCUUGGGCUUCUGUAUCUAGUACACAAAAUUUUAAAGAAUAGCCGGUGAUAUUCCAGGAUGGUUACACGGAAUUUGAAGCAUUGCCGAUGAUCCUAAUUGUCUUCACAAUGGCAAGGUUACACCCUGAUUCUCGAUUCUAUAAUUUGGCUUAUCCGAAAAAACUAGAAAAGUUCGUAUGAUAUAUAUUUUUUGCAACAUCACGUGAUGGUUGUUUAUACCGAAAGAAAGAGACAUAAUGUGGCUGAAAGUAAAGCUGAUGCAAUGUAGCUAAAUCAGCUCCUUUAGGUGGUAGACCCAGUAUCCAUUUUGCAUCUUCGAGUCUCUUGUGAAUUUAUGGCCAUGGACAUUGAGAUUUCGUCCUUCUACGUUUAUGUGACGCAAUUAGUUCUUGUUUUUCUUCAGUGGGAAAGAACAUUCCAAGCUUGUUUGAUAUCGUCCUUUGUCUGCAAGGUGAGCAUUCCGACAGUUUAGUUGUUAGUUUGGGCAUUUCAGAUUUAAAGUAGAUUAUAUUUAAAAUAUAUGGAUUAAUUAUAGGAUGAAAUUGACCUUGAAAUAAUACUUUUGAUUUUGUCUCAACCUACCUGAUAUAUUUUCUUUUUCUACAAA